AUGACAACCACUCUUCCUUCCCUCUCCUUCCGCGAGGCUAUUGCCGAUGCUCUUCACCGUGCCGUACUCGCAUUUGAUAUAGCCGACUCGGCUCUUCUCAACUCUGCCCUUACGCCUGACGCUAUCUUGGAUCUCGAUGGGUACACUAUGAAUGGCCUGGGUGAGAUUUAUCGUCAGUGCUACGACAGGGUCUCGAAAUUGGACACGACCCACUUUGUCAGCAAUGGCCGGGUCGACGUCAUAGAAGGGGCAUCUGUGGCAUCGAUGACGGCUUCUGUGCUAUCACAGCAUUAUCAACCCGGUACUGGGAAGGUACCUGGUGCAGCAUAUCUCAUGGCUGGCUCCCUGUACUCCCUAGAUCUGGUGAGGGACGACACCGAGGGGUUGUGGAAGAUCAAGCGCUGGAACAUGAAGGUCAUCUGGACGAUGGGAGACGCUAGCGUGAUGGAGUGA